GAGUCGCUCGGCGCGUCCGGACGCAGAGCAGCGCGCGCCGGCUGGAGACUCGGCGCUCGCGCUUCAGUCCGGACAGUUUGUUUUUUACUUUUCGUCAGAGAAAAAAAAAAAACCCCACAAAUCAUAAGAGAAAAACAAGCAUUGGAUUACAGCUGAUUCGACCUACAGCGGGACCGGCACCAGCCGUCUUUCCGCCGUCUUGAGGAACCAGAGGCCUGAAGUCCCCCCCCGCCCCCCUACCCCCCAAUCUGGACUUCAGCCCAAACCCAGCAAACAGCUCCUCCUGGAGGUACAAAGAAUCUGCAAAACAGAACCAGAGGUCCAUCUGACCGAGGAGGAGGAAGAGAAGGGAAAGGGCGGGGGUGUCCGCCGAGCCCUGUCCUGACCAGGGGAGCCAAGGGAGGAGGAGAUGAAGGAUUAGGAGAUAAUCCAGGGCGCACCUCCUGUGGAGGAGUCCCCCCGUUCUUCCGUCCCGCCGUCUCUGGAACGCGGUCCGGAUUACAACACUCGACCGAUUUGUGACGCUGGGGGUCUGAGGCGAUGAUGGCAGAGUUCUCGACCUGCGGAAACGGAGGAGGCUCAUGAGGAGAGCCGCAGCACAGCAGCCGGAGCAAGGAGCGUUUUGUGGGGGAGAUUUGUGUGGGUGAAGGGAGGUCCACCUCUGGAAUCUGGAUAGGAGGAAUAUUGUAAGGAAAACACACCUCCUCCUGCCCCGGUGCAGGGCGACAGACGGACCCCCCCCCCCCCACCACCACCGCCUCCCUGCCAUCAGACCAGACCCUUCUGGUCGUGCACCGCCGGAGAUUUGAGAUGGUUCCAGGGAGCGACCACAGAACCGUUUGCAGCUGGACCUUCUCUGAGCUGAUGUCGACAAACCCGAGAGCGAGGGAAACCAGACAAGCUGACCACGCGCCAACCGGCCUGGCUGCUUCCAGGAACUGGGCUGCGUAGAGUUCCCCUCGAUUUAUCUCCGUUUAAUUCAGCUUGGCUACGGGCCGCAAGAAACUGCAGAGAGUAGAGCUGAAAUCCGAAUAACAAAUAGCAAUAAAGUUCCGGUGGACUUCUUGCACCUCUAUUACCGGAGAUUUAAACUCAACUUCGAACAAUCCUAACUGUGGUGAAAUUUGGGACAUUUGUUGGUCGGUUAUUUGGAGACGUACUGAAACCUCCUGAGAAUUCCAGGGGCAUUAAAAAGGUGCUUUUGGGGCAUUGUCCGAGGUUGAUUUUCAACCUUUUUUUUAAAAACCCAUUUUAGGAACUUUCUGCACCCGUUCAUCUGUUGGGAUCAUGAACCUGCAGAGAAAACUGUCAGGCCUGGUCUCCCCGUCGCGCGGCAAGCGCCGGUUUAAAGGUGACCUCACCACGGAGAUGAUCAGCCCACCUCUGGGGGACUUCCGCCACACCAUGCACGUGGGCCGCGGUGGCGACGUCUUCGGAGACACCUCCUUCCUCAGCAACUAUGGCGGGAUAGCCAACGGCGGCGCCAGUGAGCCAGAACCCAGUGCCAGCCCCGACAACAAGAUCGGGGCCUUUUUCUCCAGGACCUUCCGCCAAGUGAGGAAGGGCUCCGACAACCGGCCCCGGGAAGGAUCCAAGGAUCUGUUCCGAUCUGUGCCGGCCAUUUCUCCCAUCAUCAAGAACGCCGUUUCCUUCCACCGGCUGGAUACCGACAUGCCAGACGGGAGUCCCGCCGUGCUCUUCCCCAGUGCUCCCAGUUCACCGGAGGGGACCAAAGGCUCUUAUGGUUUGGAGUCUGGUUUCGUCACGCUGCCUCGUCUCUCCCGCUCUGAACGUCAGCAGCCCUCCAUCUCCAUCUCCAACACCUGUUCCCCUGACGUCCACCCCACCCUGACGACCGAUGCCAACGACACCAUCUUGUCUUCGUGUUCCGCUCCGGUCAUGACCUCUGACCCCUACUUCGCCACAAUGACGAGGACGACGGCCCACUCCGACUCCCUACCCUCCCUCACCUCUCUGGACACCUUCACCUUUGACCUCGGACCCUCCCUAAUGAGUGAAGUGCUUGGCCUGAUUGACAGCCCCGAUAGCCAGUCGGGGGAACCGGGCCAUACCUGGGGGGAGGGCGAGGAGGCGGGAUCAGCGUGCGGGUUAACCAACGAGGGCUCGGAGAUGGACUCCGCCACAAUCUCGUACGUGGAUUCUCUGCUGAGGGAGGACUGUGAGAGUAGGAAGAGUCCAUACGGAGUCGAAUGGGAAGAGGAUGAGGCCAGGGCGACCGUGGAGGCGAACGGAGCCGGGCAACCUUUGAGAGGGGUCGCCCCCGAUGUGGUGAUGGGGUCGCCCAGCCGAGAGAGAGGAGAGCGAGAGGUCGGAGGUCGGAUGGACAGCGACAGGUUCCAGAACGCGACGGACGUUCUUGCCCGACACUACGGCAUGGGCAGACACCUAAAGGGGCAGGUGGACGCUGCAGAGUCGGACGUGAUGUUCAUCAGCCAGGCGAAGAAGAAGACGUCCUACAGCUACACCGACGAGGACGAGGAAAUCAAAGUCUGAACUGCGACACCGGACCAAGCCAAAUCUGCUCAUCAGAUGAUGUGAUUUUUUAAAAAAAAAAAUGCGAUUCCAUUCAAACCAACGUUCUUAAGAUCCCACUGCGGUCAAUGAGGCCGGCUCUGUCGACUGGAUCAUGUGGAGAACCGCCUCAUGACGUCAUUACUCUACGAUUAUUCUGAAUGAAACUCGUUGUUUUUAUCCCAUCACACUUUCAGACCUUAUAAGAUUGUGAUGUAGGACUGUUGCUGAAUGUAAGCAAAACAAGAAGUUAAAGGCAGGACUUACUUCAUGUUCCCAAGACGAACACAAAAGAAAGGGGCGAGAUGAGAAGAGGAAGAAAGGUCAAUGUGUUUUCAUCCAAGCAGUCAUGAGUCAUGAGAACCAAACUGGAACAAAAGAAGAAUAUGAGAGGGUGCUCACGCCAGAGAAAGUGUCGGCAUACGCAAGUUUCUCAAAGGAAACAACCAAAUACAUUAACUGCACUCUCCAAAUUCUGACUUCCUCUUCGGAGCGCAGGAAAUAAUUCACAAUGCAAACCCCCCCACCGCCGUUCGGAGCCCAGAAAGGAAACGAGGACAAACCGAAAGUUCGCUGUGCCUAAGGCCUCAGGCCUUUCACUACCAACACCAAACUGCUUGCCGACUUCUCACUCAGGAAUACACUGCCAAGGAGGACGAACGAGAGGCGAUGGAAAGAAGAACGAGAGACCUGAAAUCUCUGGACUGGUGUUGUGCAGCGUUUACCCUCUUUCAUACGCAGACGUAUGACAGAUCUGCAAAGCAAAUGGAGGGACAGAAUCCUCACAACAACAUAACAAAUCUUUCCCAUCAUCGACUAAGCUCUAAUCCAGUGGUGUCCAGACCAGCUCCUGGAGAGCCGUCCUGCUGCUGGUUUUCACUCCAAGCCGAAUUUAACACACUUGAUUCAAUUAAUCGUGUUAAAUUCAAUUCAAUUAAUCAAGUGUGUUAAAUUCGGCUUGGGGUGAAACCGGCAGGACGGUAGCUCUCCAGGAGCGAGGCUGGACGCCACGGCUCUAAACCCUAUGAAUGAUUUUAUACUUCACGCUGCAGUCCUUUUCUAUAGAUAUUCCAUGCACCUGUUAGCCUUAUCAUGAGAUCUGACUCUCGUGUUGCUUUUUAUAUAAGAAUCAUGUUUAUAUUUUCUUUUAUACGACUGUGUGCGACGAUGUCAACUGACCUCUGUAAAACGUGUACUUAAGAUCGCCGGCACGCCAUAGUGACGUUACACACAUGUGCUGCAGCCAAUAUCAAUGAUAUUCUACGAUGAUAUGAAUUUACAAUAAAGACAUUUUUAAUUAGCU